AUGCUGCUCCUACUGCCGCUUCUGGCUGGUCUGGCCAUAGCGGCGCCUCUCGAAGAACGCUCGAUACACCCUCUGGAAGAACGGCAGCUCCCCCCUGGUGACCCAUGUGGUCGAUUGGUCGGCACUACUCCAUACUAUGCCCCACGCACCAUGCUGGCCUGCCUGCAGUCCAUCGCGUUCAAGUCGGAGGUCCGGAGCAACAUCAUGAGCGUUGCCAAUGCGAUGUACACCCAGCUGGACGUCCUCGCUGCGAAUCAGCUGGGGGAUACCGAGGAGCCGGUCAACCAAGCGGUGAACAUACAGGCGGAGUUCCAGCGAAUCAACUCCACUACCUACUCCACCGACUACGACUUCCAACACGACCUCUCCCGGUCCAUGACCCUGCUCAACGACGGCCAUCACGCCUGGUCGAGCUGCUACCGCUCCCUCUUCCAAACCACGCACGCUAUCCCCAUCGUCUCCCUCUCCUCUUCCGCCGAAAGCACCACCCCCAACAUCUACAUUGUCCCUGACGUCGCCCGCUUCGUCGCCGCCACCGGCUUCGGCACCAUCUACUCUAGCGCCGGGAUCGAUGUCGCCAGCCUCGCGGGCGCCCAGGUGCUCGGUAUUGAAGGCAAGCCAGCGUGGGACUAUAUCGAGCAGGACAAGCUGCCCGUCACUGGCGUCUACAUCGACAAGCAGCAGCGGCUGAACUCGGUGUUUGCGAGCUAUGCGGCGGAGGGUGGUGUUUGGGGAAGGGUGCCGGGGCGGUUCACGUCAACGAGGGAUCUGACCAAGAACAACUUGACGAUGACGGUCAAGACGACAGCGGGGGUCGAGAAGGAGAUCAGUAUCCCUUGGGUGACGAGGUAUGCGACUACGUCGACUUGGAACUAUACCUCCGGCGAGGCUUUCUGGAAUGCCAACUGCGGCUCCGCCCGACCCAUUACCCUCCGCGAGACCCCCGGUGGAGGCAAUACCACCCAGACCCCGGCUGGAACUACGGUCGCACCUACCAUGGCGGACCUCCGUCUCCUCGCCCAAUCCGCAUACCGCGCAUGCCCCGCCACACGCAACACAAUCGCCAUCCCCGUCGUUACCAGCGAGGACCCUACCAAAUCCGCAUCCUACCUCGGCGGCCGAGACAUCAUGUUCUUCUCCAUCCCCAAUACCAAGACCGGCGUCGUCUACCUCCCCACCUUCCUCCCUGAACCCGCCUCCAACGCGUGCAUCACCCGGUACUUUAUCGACCUCGUAUUCGGUCUUCGGAACUUUACCUCUGCGGGCAUCGAGAACGUCCUCAUUGACACGAGCAACAAUGGGGGCGGGGCGGUCGUACUCUCCCAAGUCGCCCAGGUUCUCUUUACCGGCCAGCGCUUCGAGAACGAGGCCAACUUUGAGACGGUGCUUCGUCGGUCACCGCUCACCGAAGCCAUCCUCCAGCGCUUCAUCGAUACCCCCUCCCUCGCAGACGUCUUUUCCACUUUCAAUCCCGCAACGUAUCGGAGCGGAACGGCCAAUCUCCCCCGGGACGCCAACUACUUCUCCCCCGGCCGGGAAUACACAAUCAACAACCAGACCCUCCGCACCUCCAACCUCCUCCGUGACCCCACCGAGCAGAUCGCCCUCCUCGACAUGCUCUUUGAUAUACCCGACGCAGCGCCGUUCCCACCCAAAUCCAUCGUUUUUACCGGAAACGGAUUGUGCGGCUCAGCGUGCGCGACCUUCACAAACUUCCUCAUCGAGUACUACAACGGGACGGGGUACAUCCAGGCGGCGCAGCCUAGCAAGCCGAUAGAGUUUACGGCGUUCAUGGCUGGACAGGCGUUCACCUCGGAUGCGGUCUACCAGGAGGCGGCGACUAUCGGGUUUGACAAUCCCGCAUUGUUGCCCAAACUCAAUCAUGCGGGGUCGUUCGGUUUUGCUAUCCGCGCGGCCAUUAGCCCGAUCCUCGCCCCCGGGGACUUCCUUCAGUACAGGUCGUUCCCAGCGGCGAAUCGGUUCGCGCUGACCGCCGAGCGGUACUCGGAUCAGAUGGCGUCGUGGGCGUAUAUAGCCAGCAAGGCGUUCCCGAGGAAUCUGUAA